CUCCCGGGCGGGGGGCACCAUGUCGCUGCGGGGUGUCAGGGUCGUGGAGCUGGCCGGCCUGGCCCCGGGUCCGUUCUGCGGGAUGGUGCUGGCGGACUUCGGGGCGCAGGUGGUGCGCGUGGACCGCCCCGGGUCCCAGGGCGACGUGAGCCGCCUGGGCCGGGGCAAGCGCUCGCUGGUGCUGGACCUGAAGCAGCCGCGCGGCGCGGCGGUGCUGCGGCGCCUGUGCGCGGGCGCCGACGUGCUGCUGGAGCCCUUCCGCCACGGUGUCAUGGAAAAUCUGCAUCUUGGGCCAGACAUUAUGCUGCAGGAAAAUCCAAAGCUUAUCUACGCAAGGCUCACUGGAUUUGGUCAGUCAGGAAGUUACUCUAAGUCUGCUGGCCAUGACAUCAACUAUUUGGCUUUGUCAGGUGUCUUGUCAAAAAUUGGCAGAAGUGGUGAGAAUCCUUAUGCACCAUUGAAUCUCCUGGCGGACUUUGGAGGUGGUGGGCUCAUGUGUGCAUUGGGCAUCAUGAUGGCUCUCUUUGAACGCACAAAAUCUGGCAAAGGCCAGGUCAUUGAUGCAAACAUGGUGGAAGGAGCAGCAUAUCUAAGUUCUUUUCUGUGGAAAACUGAACAAAUGGGAUUGUGGACACAGCCUCGAGGACAGAACUUGUUAGAUGGUGGGGCACCAUUCUACACAACUUACAAGACAGCAGAUGGGCGCUACAUGGCUGUUGGAGCAAUAGAACCCCAGUUCUACCAGCUGAUGGUCAAAGGACUUGGUCUAAAGUCUGACGAACUUCCCCCCCAGAUGAGUACAACUGAUUGGCCAGAAAUGAAAAAGAAAUUUGCAGAGGCAUUUGCAAAGAAGACCAAAGAAGAAUGGUGUAAGAUCUUUGAUGGCACAGAUGCAUGUGUGACCCCUGUGCUGACCUUUGACGAGGUCACCCAUCACAGUCACAACAAAGGACGCGGUUCAUUCAUCACCAACGAGGAGAAGCAUGUGAGUCCUGGUCCUGCACCUCUGCUGUCCAGAACCCCAGCUGUCCCUUCUGUCAAAAGGGAUCCUUUGGUAGGAGAACAUACUGAAGAGGUACUCAAAGAAUUUGGAUUCAACCAGGAAGAGAUCGAUCAGCUCAAGGCAGAUAGAAUCAUUGAAAAUAAGAAGAUGAAACUAAACUCCAACUUGUAGGCACUAAAGUGAAUUUGAAUGUCACAUUUACACAUAUAAUUGUAUGUGUGGAAAUAUGUAAGAAAAGUAAUGAACUGAUCAAUUAUUGUAAUCCAGGAACAACUGGUGACUAAUUCUACACUCAUGAUUGCAUUCUAAGAAGUAAUUUAGGGCUAAACAUGUAUUUUUGCAACAUUGGUGUUUGAAUUUAGGGCCUCAUUUGUUAGGCAGGUACUCAUCACUUGAACCAUGCCUCCAGCAUGCUUUAAAACAUUUUAUGCACUUCAUAUUAAUUUGUGUCAGGUUUCCUGCCUUCACUUUUACUUGAUAAACCAUAUUUGUUGAUAUUAAAAUGCUUAUAACAUAUUUUUAAAAUAAUUAGUAUAACACAUUUCUAUUAAAUAAAGCCUCUAUCUUCUGAAAGUAAACUGUGCUUUUAAGUUUACAGUGGUUUUCAAGAAAGCUGUUUGCAUAUUUAAAUAGCAUUUUCUGAUGCAUUGGAAUAUUAGUAGCUCUACUGUUUAUCCAAAUGCAUGCCCUUAGAAAAGUUUGACCCCCGUUAGUUUCAGAAGGAAAUCAUUCUGUUAGUAUCAGAGCAUUUGAAUGUUAGUAAAUGUUCUGGAGGUUUCUUCCAGAAAACUUUUCCCCUAGAAUGCUCUACUGAGUGCUGGAUUCUAUCUAGUGGGGGCUUGUUGGCCUGUUCUUUCCUGGCUGUACUGAGCUUUCUCUUCCUCAGUGAGCUGUCCCAUCAUCCAUUUGGAAGGCUGCUUGGGUCUACCUACUCUCCCACUCCUCCUCCCAUUUUCAUCAGCUCUCCCUCUGCCCUGGAAGUCUCUCUGUUUAAUCAAGUGAAAAUCAUGAUAAACAACAACUUGCUUUUUUAAGCCUUAUUUUUAUUUUUUGAGACAGUAUCUUGCUAUGUAACUCAGACUGGCC